AUGACCACACCACCACUGACCACGCCACCACUGAUCAGGCCACCACUGACCACGCCACCACUGAUCAGGCCACCACUGACCACACCACCACUGACCACGCCACCACUGAUCAGGCCACCACUGACCACGCCACCAGCAGCCCAAAGUGGAAUCUUGGCAGCCUCAGCAGGACCACAUGCAGCCCUGACAGAAUCCCCAGCACACAGAACACGGAAAAGGAAAGGGCCAAAAAAUGAAGAUUGUGGAGUGGGAACCAUGCAAACUCUGUGGAAAGAAGUGGCCAUUGGAGUGGGUGCCGGAUAAGGACACCUGUUAGUGCUCCAGUUUCACAAGGUUCCCAGUGCCGAAGGUGUAGAAGCACUGUUACAUGUCAGAUUUGUGAUUUUUUUUAUUUGUUUGUUAUUCCUUCUUAAUGUUAUAAACAUAAACAAGACUGCCUGUUGGACCUGGAACUCUCCACAGCUGCUUGUGGCUGUAUUUCAUUUUAAACUUUGUAUUGUUUAUUACUACUGUUGUGUUUUGUUGCACACCAAUUGUUGUCACUUGAAGAUAUGCAUUUUCACUGACACUACUAUCUUCAAUAUUACUGCUGUUGUGUUUUGUUGCACACCAAUUU